UCUGCCCAAAUUGAUCUCUUCAUUGCGCUCAAGCAACCAACAUGUCAGGGUGGGAGUCCUAUUACAAAAAUCAGGGUGAUGAGGAAGAAGAAGAUCAAGAGGAGGGCCUUGAAGCAGGUGGAGAUUAUAAAUAUUCAGGAAGACAUAGUUUGAUUUUUUUGAUUGAUGCUUCCGAGACCAUGUUUGAAACUCAGGAUGAAGAUGAGUUGACUCCUUUUGACAUUAGCAUCCAGUAUAUCUGGAGUGUAUACACCAAUAAGAUCAUAAGCAGUGAUCGAGAUCUCUUGGCAGUGGUGUUCUAUGGUACCAAUAAGGACAAAAAUUCAGUGAAUUUCAAAAAUAUUUACGUCUUGCAGGAAUUGGGUAAUCCAGGUGCUCAAUAAGUGCUAGAGCUUGACCACUUUAAGGGGCAGGAAGGGAAGAAACAUUUCCAAGACCUAGUUGGCCAUGGAUCUGACUACUCCCUAAGUGAAGUACUGUGGGUCUAUGCCAACCUCUUUAAUGUCCAGUUCAAGAUGAGCUAUAAGAGGAUCAUGCUUUUCACCAAUAAAGAUGACCCCCACAGCAAUGACAGUGCCAAAGCCAGUCGGGCCAGGAUCAAAGCUGGAGAUCUCCGUGACACAGGUAUAUUCCUUGACUUGUUGCACCUAAAGAAACGUGGGGGCUUUGACAUAUCCUUGUUCUACAGAGAUAUUAUCAGCAUAGCAGAGGAUGAGGACACAGGGGUCCACUUUGAGGAGCUGAGCAAGCUCAAAGACCUGCUGAGGAAGGUUUGCGCCAAGGAGACCAGGAAGCGCGUGCUCUACAGGUUGAAGCUUAAGCUCAACGAAGAUGUAGCGCUUACUGUUGGCAAUUAUAAUAUGGUCCAGGCUCUCAAACCUUCUCCAGUGAGGCUUUAUCGGGAAACAAAUGAACCAGUGAAAACCAAGACCCGGACACUUGUAAAUACAGGCAGUUUGCUUUUGCCUAGCGACACCAAGAGGUCCCAGACCUAUGGGAGUUGUCAGAUUGUAUUAGAGAAAGAGGAAACAGAAGAGCUUAAACGGUUUGAUGAACCAGGUUUGAUUCUCAUCGGUUUCAAGACCUUGAUAAUGCUGAAGAAGCACCAUUACCUGAGGCCCUCCCUGUUCGUGUACUCUGAGGAGUCCCUGAUAAAUGGGAGCUCAACCCUAUUCAGUGCUCUACUCACCAAGUGUCUGAAGAAGGAGGUCAUGACAGUGUGCAGAUACACACCCUGCCAGAAUAUCCCCCCUUGUUUUGUGGCCUUGAUGCCACAGGAAGAGGAGCUGGAUGACCAGAAAAUUCAGGUGACUCCCCCAGGCUGCCAGCUCAUCUUCUUGCCCUAUGCUGAUGACAAACGGAAGGUGCCCUUUACUGAAAAAGUCAUGGCAAACCCAGAGCAGGUAGACAAGAUGAAGGCUAUUGUUCAGAAGCUCCACUUCAAGUACAGAAGUGACAGCUUUGAGAACCCAGUGCUGCAGCAGCACUUUAGGAACAUGGAGGCCUUGGCUUUGGAUCUGAUGGAGCCUGAACAAGCCAUGGAUCUGACAUUGCCCAAGGUUGAAGUAAUGGACAAAAGACUGGGCUCCCUGGUGGAUGAGUUUAAGGAACUUUUCUACCCACCAGAUUACAAUCCUGAGGAAAAAGUUCCCAAGCGAAAACAAGAUGAUGAAAGUUCUGGAAGCAAAAGGCCCAAGGUGGAGUUAUCUGAAGAGGAGCUGAAGGCCCACGUCAAAGGCACACUGGGUAAGCUCACUGUGCCCACACUGAAGGAAGCCUGCAGGGUGUACAGACUGAAGAGCGGGAUGAAGAAGCAGGAGCUGCUGGAUGCUCUCACCAAGCACUUCAGAAGGCCUGACCGGAGACCAUACAGCCAGUUACCCUUCCACAUUGUAGCCAGGCUGCCUGGUUUUGUUUUUAUCAAGUUAAAACAUGUUUCGUCUGAGCCAGGAAGAGUCGGCCUGACAGAAGCCAAGGACUUUGUUUAUGAGACUUUCUGUUGCCAUGGAGACCGCAUUGCCAUCUCACUGUGCCCUACUCUACUGUCUGAAUAAAGAGCCCUAACUUUGUACUAUUAAAAACAAAAACAAAAAAAAAUUACCUGCCUAGAAUUCAUGUUGCUAAGAGGUUUAGAAAACAAAGGUAGAAUGUGUGGCCCUGGUACUCUAGAAUGCGGCUGUCCCAUACUGUAGCCUCUAGCCACAUGUGGCUAUUUAAAUUUUUUUUAAUAUUUAUUUAAUUUUUGGCUGUGUUGGGUCUUAGUUGCAGCACACAGGAUCUUCCAUUGCAGCGUGUGGGCUCAGUAGUUGCUGUGCACGGGCUUAGUUGCCCUGCAGCAUGUGGGAUCUUAGUUCCUCAACCAGGGAUCGACCAUGUCCUCUGCAUUGGAAGGUGGAUUCUUAAAUCUGCCUAAAUUUAAGGGACCACCAGGGAAGUCCCUAAAUUUUAGUUAAUUAAAAGUAAAUAGAUCAAGUGGGGUUUAUCCCAGAAAUGCAAGGAUUCUUCAAUAUAGGCAAAUCAAUCAAUGUGAUACACCACAUUAACAAACUGAAGGAGAAAAUCCAUAUGAUCAUCUCAAUAGAUGCAGAAAAAGCUUUGGACAAAGUUCAACACCCAUUUAUGAUAAAAACCCUACAGAAAGUAGGCAUAGAGGGAACUUACCUAAACAUAAUAAAGGCCAUACAUGACAAACCCACAGCCAACAUCGUUCUCAAUGGUGAACAACUGAAACGAUUUCCAUUAAGAUCAGGAGCAAGACAAGGUUGCCCACUCUCACCACUCUUAUUCAACAUAGUUUUCGAAGUUUUAGCCACAGCAAUCAGAGAAGAAAAAGAAAUAAAAGGAAUCCAAAUCAGAAAAGAAGAAGUAAAGCUGUCACUGUUUGCAGAUGACAUGAUACUAUACAUAAAGAACCCUAAAGACGCUAACAGAAAACUACUAGAGCUAAUCAAUGAAUUUGGUAAAGUAGCAGGAUACAAAAUUAAUGCACAGAAAUCUCCUGCAUUCCUAUACACUGAUGAUGAAAAAUCUGAAAGAAAAAUUAAGGAAACACUCCCAUUUACAAUUGCAACAAAAAGAAUAAAAUACCUCGGAAUAAGCCUACCUAAGGAGACAAAAGACUUGUAUGCAGAAAACUAUAAGACACUGAUGAAAGAAAUUAAAGAUGAUACAUACAGAUGGAGAGAUACCAUGUUCUUGGAUUGGAAGAAUCAACAUUGUGAAAAUGACUCUACUACCCAAAGCAAUCUACAGAUUCAAUGCAAUCCCUAUCAGACUAUCAAUGGCAUUUUUCACAGAACUAGAACAAAAAAUUUCACAAUUUGUAUGGAAGCAGAAAAGACCCAGAAUAUCCAAAGCAAUCUUGAGAAAGAAAAACAGAACUGGAGGAAUCAGGCUC